AUGCUCUACCUGCACGAGGAGGCCGUCGUGCCCAUCCUGCACCGGGACCUCAAGUCCAGCAACAUUUUGCUCCUGGAGAAGAUAGAGCGGGAUGAUGACAUCUGGAAUAAAACAUUGAAGAUUACGGAUUUCGGGCUCGCAAGGGAGUGGCACAGGACUACCGAAAUGAGUGCUGCUGGCACCUAUGCGUGGAUGGCGCCCGAAGUCAUCAAGUGCUCCCUGUUUUCUAAAGGAAGUGAUGUCUGGAGUUAUGGAGUGCUGUUGUGGGAACUGCUCACAGGAGAAGCUCCCUAUCGGGGCAUCGACAGUCUUGCUGUGGCUUACGGGGUGGCCGUCAAUAAGCUUACUCUGCCCAUUCCAUCUACCUGUCCUGAGCCAUUUGCUAAGCUAAUGAAAGAAUGCUGGGAACAAGACCCUCAUAUUCGUCCAUCGUUUGCCUUAAUUCUGGAACAACUGACUGCUAUUGAGGGAGCUGUUAUGACUGAAUUGCCUCAAGAAUCUUUUCAUUCGUUGCAAGAUGACUGGAAACUGGAAAUUCAACAAAUGUUUGAUGAGUUGAGAACAAAGGAAAAGGAGCUGCGGUCCCGGGAAGAGGAGCUAACUCGUGCAGCUCUCCAGCAGAAGUCUCAGGAAGAGUUGCUCAAACGGCGUGAACAGAAACUUGCAGAACGCGAGAUUGAUGUGCUGGAGCGGGAGCUUAACAUUAUGAUAUUCCAGUUAAAUCAGGAGAAGCCCAAUGUGAAAAAGAGGAAAGGGAAGUUUAAAAGAAGUCGUUUAAAACUCAGAGAUGGACAUCGCAUCAGUUUACCCUCAGACUUUCAGCACAAAAUCACUGUGCAAGCAUCCCCCAACUUGGAGAAACGAAGAAGUUUGCACAGUAACAACUCCAGUCCACCAAGCAGCCCGACUCUAAUCCCUCGACUCCGAGCCAUCCAGUUGACUUCAGAUGAAAGUAAUAAAACUUGGGGAAGGAACCCAGUCUGUCGCCAAGAAGAAUUUGAAGAGAUAAAACGGAAUUUCAAGAGAAAAGGUUGCACCUGGGGACCAAAUUCGAUUCAGAUACAAGAGCGAACUAACUGCAAAGAAAGAAUAAGACCUCUCUCAGAUGGCAACAGUCCUUGGUCAACUGUCUUAAUAAAAACUCAGAAAACCAUGCCCUUGGCUUCCUUAUUUGUGGACCAGCCAGGUGCUUGUGAAGAGCCAGAGCCUUCCCCUGAUGGAUUAGAGAACAGAAAACCAAAGCAAAUACAAUUGGCCAAUCAAGCCUACAUUGAUGUACCUCUUUGUAGGGACGACCACAGGGAGAACACUGGGGCACCUGAAAGCUUUGAGGAAGACUCGGCCGGCUCUGCCCCGGGCACCCCUCAGGUGACUCCUACAGAUAGUCUGAGAAGAGCACCCCAGAAAAAGAAAAUGGAUUCUGCUGUGUACGCGUGCACCGUGCUUCUUGCAUCCGUGGCUUUGGGACUGGAUAUUCGCGAGCUUGUGAAAGCACAGACUUCCGAAGAGUUACUGCUCAAGGAAGAAAAGAAGAAAAGAGAGGCAAGCGUGCAGCGUGCUUCCAGGUCUCACAGAAGUGCCAGUCCUCUAACAAGACUGCAGUCUAAGAGAGAGGAGAUGGACGGUGCUCCUUCGUUCCCACUGCCAAGCGCUAUGAACCUCUUGUCCACGCCAUCGCUUUCCACGAAGUGCCUGCUGCAGCCUGACCAGGAUGACAUAUCUGUGGGCAGCACACACACCACCUCUUACCUAGCCAUUCCUGCUCCACAGGUUUGCUCUGCCUUCCCAGGAGGUCACCAUGAGCCCACCUCCGUGUCAAGACUUGACCUUGAUCACGACCUCCUGAAAAAACAGUUAUCUUCCCCCAUGGAGCAUGGAAAUGUGCCUUAUGGUGCACCUUCACGGGGAAGAACAUCACAUCACAGACGGACCCUGUCUGAUGGAAAUGCUUCUCAGUUUCCAACUGGCGCAACUGUUACCUCGACCACCGGAGCCCCUGAACUCCCACUUCAACAGGUUUGGGAGGUGUGACACCUCCC